AAUUAAUCUGUUUUAAAUUAAAGAAGAAAUUUUGACAGCAAAAAGUCACAACAUAACCUAUCUUAUUUUUGGAGAAAAUGAAUUUACUAUUUUGAAAAUUAUAUAUUAAUUUCAUUUAAAUAUGUCUGAAAAAGAGUUGCAAGAGGAAGAAAAAGAAGCUUUGCUAUCUAUUUAUGAUGGAGACGACUUAUUCAAGCAAAUAGAUAAUUGUUCAUACCAAUAUAAAUAUGGAGAACACAAUUCGAAUAAGUCAUUCAUAAUAGAAAUCAAAUGGGGCGAGAAAUAUCCUAACGAGUUACCGAUCAUAAACAUGGAUACAUUUUACAAUAAACAUAUCGUGACAGGUUUAAAACAAAAAAUAAUAGAUGUACUAACUGAGGAGGCUGAGCAAUUUUUAGGCAUGUCUAUGACUUACUCUUUAUUUGAAUUUUUGAAAGAGAAAUUCGAGGAACUUAUCAAAGAGCAGCCUGAUGAACCAGAAAAAAUAGAUAUAGAUAAAUUAUGUAUUUCUGAAGCCAAUCAACAGGACAAGCAAAUAAAAGAAAAAAAGGAACAAUUAACUAAGGCUCAAAAAAGGAAGCAGUGGAAUAAAGUGGACAGCAAAGGUGAUAAACCCAGGGGAUGGAACUGGAUGGAUAUUGUCAGGCAUUUGUCACAAACUGGAUCAAAGGAUGAACAACCAAUUUCUUGAAUUGUUUUCCUACAUAUUGUUGUGUAAAUAAGAAAAUGAUGAAAUUUAGUAGAUUAAAUUUGACUUCACUUUUUG